AUGUUGGGCGCUUUAGCAGGUGCAAAAUAUCAGCAACAGCUUUUAUUAGUGAUACUGUAUCAUGUAGCUAAGCUGAUAAAAGGGAACGAAGAUAUCGAAAUUACCAGCGAGGAUCCAACAGGCGGAAUGUUCGACGAUAUCGGAGUUCGAUUCAAAGUUGGCAAUCAGUGGAGAAAACUUUUCAUCCAAGCUAAGUACAAGGACGAUAUGGCCAAAACCAUCACAUUGGACGACCUUACAUCAACGGAUAAAAAAGCACCAUUUGCGAUUAGUAAGUACUUCAAUUCAUUUCUAGAAGAAGAAUGGAAUGUCACGAAAGAACCACCUGUAUUGGUCCUUUGUACGAACAUUGGCCUGGCUGAAGAAGUUAAAACAACGGGUGUAGAAUAUCCAUUUGGGCAAAAGUUUAUUGAUUCUAUUCUUAAGUCGAUUAGUAACGUUGCAUAUCAAAUUGAUCCAAACACCAACAGCAGCUUAUGUGAUUAUUUAAAAAAUAACUCGGAAUUAAAUAAUCUUGCUAAACAGGUAGUCCAACAUAUCCACAACAAAACACCUGUCGAUUUUCGUAAUCCUUUACUUCAAAAGUAUCGUAAUGUCAUAGAAAACAACAUUGCUACAGAAAACUGUCAAUCAAAAGAAUGUUACCAAGUAAACGAAGCGUUUUUUAAAGAAGAUGGCACGCAGGAGUUUACAAAUGCUUUCGAACAAGAAUACCAAAAACUGCUUAAAGAAAAUAUUGACACAGUUUGGGAAGAUAUAAGAACCAAAGGCAUACGUUUAAAAAAAGGAAAGCCAUCUGUCAAAAGCGACCCACCCGAAAUUAACCAACUACCAAAACAAAUAGAUGAUAAGCAAAUAGAGAAAUUUUUCGGGUCAUUCAUAUUACUGAGUGAAACAAAUCACGAAAUGGAUAGAGUAUUUUCAAUUUUACUCGAAAACAGAAUGCUACCUGUAGAAUUACAAGAAAUUGCUUCUUUCGAGAUUAUUUAUGCUUACUUUGCUCAAAAAAUAUUGGAAUGGAUGCAAAACAGCCACGGCGAGCCGUUAACAAAACAAAAUAUUCAAGACUUGGUCAAGUAUGAUACGUUAUUGUUAAGUUUCUUACAAUUGAAAGCCAAGUCUAAGUCAUACUGCGAUGAAAUGCAAAUCUCGUGGCUCCAAUGCAAGCCAGAUAUAGUGAAGCGAAAGAAAUUGUAUGAAGCACUGGAAACGUGGUCAACCGAGGAAAAAAACGAAGAAAAUUGUUACACAGUAAAAAUUCAGCACUGUAACAACCUACCGUUGAUUGUUGCUGCUUUAGAACUUUUGAAAUGUGAUUAUAUAUUCAUGAAAGAUGAAUGGCUGAAAAACAAAAGCAUUUUUCGGGAUAUUAUGAAUGUAUUCAACGUAAUGAAAUUUUCCCUUAUUAUGGUGAUCGAUUACAAACCAGACUCUAAUAUUAUUAAUAUGAUUGAGUGGUUGGCACAAGACAUGUCACCGAAAAGCCAAAUGCAACUUCUUGCCGAUACGCUGGUAAAAGAAAUUCAAACCCUCAAUGAUAUGAUUCGUCACACGGAGCAGAAGUGGAAUAAUCUCUUGCACUUGAAGAAAGUAAAGGAGGAGAUUCUGUUGCGGUUAAAUCGCCGAAAGCACGUGAUCGGUAUUACGGAGACGAGGCUAGGGGAGGUGUCGGCCUUUAGUCAUCUAGAUUCGUCCAACCUGAGUAGCCAUCAUCAGCUAAACCAACAACGAUCGUCCUCGGUUGGGCCGCGUCCACCGACACCACCGCCGGAAGUAGAGAUCCGUCCGGCUUCCGUGUCCACCACGAUGCACUAUAAUAAUAACGCUUCGAAUGGCUUGAAUUCGUUCGGAGGUAAACAUUCACAGAUCCCCAAUCGCCGAAACAGUAGUAUCACGACCGGCAGCAUCGGCCACAAUGACACAGGUGGUAGGCGAACCGGGUCCACGAGGGACACCAACAACUUUGUAUCACAGUUUAAUAGUAACAACAAUGCCGUAACGAUGGUGCCAUUACCGAACACAACCAGCAUGAUCUUGCAGGCCCGGGCCAGCAUGAACUCGGCGGAAAUUGCGAAGGAGAAAGCGGCCGCAAUGCAGGUCCAGCGACAGCUGUUCCCCAAGCCGGUUCUCAGUAACCAGCAGCAGAUACUAAACAAUCUAGCCAUGUCAGCCGGCUUGACGUCGCUUACGUCCGGGGCUGGAAAUAGUAACUCUUCCAAUAUGGCACUUCUGAACGGCCACCACAAUCCAAGCGUAUCGUCGGUAAAUAGCGGCGGAACUACCAGCCGAGAGCAGCAACAGCUCCAAAUCGGUCGCCAAGGUAUGCGCAAGGACGUUAGCAGUAUUAUAGCAGACUAUCGGCAGAAGCAUCCCGAGAACGUACCACGUCGCGGCCGAAGGAUGAAGCACGUCGGGGGCUCUAGUGGUAGCAACAAUGGAGGAAUAUCUACGGGCAACAGUAUUGGAUCGUUCGUGGAAGGAAGCGCCAUCAGCCUGACUGCACUGCCCGGUGGUAAAUCUGCCACUGGAAUGGGAAGCGCGGCACGGUCCAGUUCAACAGACAGCGUCGCCAAUCGACUUUCCGAUCUUCUGGCAGCUGCAGAGCAGUCCCCGCAACACUUCCAGCACCAACAACAGCAACAGCUCACAACACGACCGGUACCGGCCACAGCCAACAACUUCAACUCGUUCUCGCCCACCCUGGCCCGAUUGCUCACCGGACCGGAACGGAUGAAUGCCGUCCAACCGACAACGUCCUCAUCCUCCACGGUGACAUCCGGUGCUUUGGCAAACCUUCAAACGGCCGGUGUUAUCGGUGGACUAAACUUGUCCAAAAACAACAGUGAGAUUUCGAUAACUCCCGUCGUCGGAUCCAACUUCCAGCAAACAUUGCUAGCCCAACAACAGCAACAGCAGCAGCAACAACAUCAACAGUUGCAACGCCUUCGAGAGCAACACUUGUUUAAAGGAGAAUCAUAUCUCAACAUAGACGACGAAGCCGAUGAUAGCGCGGACCGGUUGGUGAUCGACGAAGGGGACGACAUGGCUGGAUCGCACAGGGACGCCAUAAGCAAACGGCGCGUUGCCGAAAUAAACGAAAACGAAGUGCCACAGUGUCAGGGGUGCAAGAAGAACGAGGCCAAGUUUGUCUGUGCCGGGUGCAACCAUCAGUGGUACUGUAGCCGCGAAUGUCAGGUAAACGCAUGGGACGACCAUUCGGAAGUUUGUAGCGGCUAA